AUGAAACAAUGGUUAGCAGAGCUGGAACUAACGGAAGGUGACCCAAUUGUAAUCAAAUCUGACAACGAACAAUUAACAGAAGAACCAAGUAGGGAAGAAAUCAAGGGUAUAGUGAAAGGACUAGUAAAUGGAAAAGCGGCAGGUUUAGAUAAACUGAAAAACGAAUAUGUCAAAUAUUGCGAUGAAAGUCGUUCAUCAGACAUCGACGCGCUCCUGAUCCAUCGUCCCGCUUUACAAAAUGGCGGAAGGGCAGUCACGAGGUCAGCUGCUUGCACGACGGGACACACUGUUUCUGCUCUGGGUCGGGCAGAGGCGUUUGCUGCCGGAUACGACGCUCAACGGGACCAUACGCAGGUGACGCUGAGGCUCGAGUACCUGAACGGAGUAUGGAACAACCUGGAGACGGUGCAGGCGCAGCUUGAGGACGACGAGACCACCGAGGAAGGUAGGGCAGAGCACGCUGCCACUCGUGCAUCCUUUGAACCUCGGCUAUUUGAAAUAAAAGCCAGUCUCAUUUCAAAAUUGCCUCCUAUUCCUAACAAUCGGAGCCCUGUUCCCCCACACGUGUCCUCCACUCUCUCUGGUAUCAAGUUGCCGACGAUUUCUUUGCCCGAAUUUAAUGGAGACUACAUGCAAUGGCUUGCAUUCCAUGAUACAUUCUUGGCGCUCAUUCAUUUAAAUCCGGAGGUGCCGGAUAUUCAAAAAUUUCACUAUUUGCGGGCAGCUGUCAAGGGGGAAGCUGCUCAGUUGAUCGAGUCGAUUGGUAUCAGUUCCGCUAACUACGUUUUGGCUUGGCAGACAUUGGAGAAUCGGUAUUCGAAUGACUACUUGCUAAAGAAGCGGCAUAUGCAGGCACUCUUCGACAUCCCGCGCAUGAAGAAGGAGUCAGCUGCAUCACUACAUGGGUUGGUUGACGAGUUCGAGCGGCAUACGAAAAUCUUGCAUCAACUGGGAGAACCAACCGACGCUUGGAGCACUAUAUUGGAACAUCUGCUGUGUACGCGCCUCCACGAUGAUUCACUGAAGGCAUGGGAGGACCAUGCGUCGACGGUAGCGAAUCCGGACUACGCCUGUCUCAUCGAGUUUCUGCAGCGGAGAACACGAGUGCUAGAAUCCAUCUCUGUGAACCAUCAUACAGUAGAAUCAGCGUCAACUUCUGGUAUUUCAGCUCAUCCACCAAAGAAGAAUCAUCUCCACUCUCAGUUCCGCUUUACUUCGUGUGCGUCGACUGCAAGUUUGGGUGAAAAGUGCAUCGCCUGCAACCAGUCGCAUUCCGUGACGAAGUGUCAGAAAUUCAACCGGAUUUCACCGAGUGAACGACAGCAGCUUGUGAAUUCCAAACGCCUUUGUCACAACUGCUUGAAGGGUGAUCAUUUUGUCCGCAAUUGUCCUUCAAAUUUCAGCUGUCGGAAGUGCAAUCGACGUCACCAUACGCUUCUUCAUUCCGGGCAGAGCGAUGGUUCCCGAAAGAACGUUAGCGAAGGAGCUUCCUCUAGUCCUGGUGCAACCGCUUCUACUACGCCAUCUAAUGGGUCUUCUGUGGUCGAGUCAUCUACGCAAUCUACGGUGGCUGCUACUGAGAAUGUUCCUGUGGUCGAAGUUAGUUCUGCUCUACAACAUCCUCGCGAAGACGUCUUUCUUCUCACUGUCAUUGUGAAGGUCAUCGACACCUACGGUGUGGAACAUCUAGCUCGUGCACUUCUGGACAGUGCAUCGCAGCCGAAUCUCAUCACGAAUCGCAUGGCGCAAAUUCUACGAUUGCGGAGACAACCCGUGAAUGUUACGGUACAGGGAGCCGGCAAGCUAUCUAAGCCGGUACGUGAAUCGGUGUUUGCACAGGUACAUUCAAGGACGGGUGACUUUUCGUGUGGUGUCAACUUCUUGGUGAUGGACAAAGUGACGGCAAAUCUCCCUUCGCAAAGUGUUUCAACUGUGGGAUGGAAUAUUCCGAAGGGGUUGCUUCUGGCUGAUCCAUCCUUCAACGAAAGUCAACCGAUCGACAUGGUUUUGGGUGCUCGGCACUUCUACUCCUUCUUCCCCAGCGCUGCACGCAUUCAGCUUGAUAGAAAUCUUCCGAUUCUGGUCGACAGCGUCUUCGGCUGGAUUAUCGUAGGCUCAGCUAGCAUAAACCCCCCCGAGCAGACUGCUCCUACGCCCACCACUUGUGAUGCAGUCACUGUUUCAAUGCUUUCGCUAGAGGAUUGCUUGGAGCGUUUUUGGAAAACCGAAGAGCUGACAACGAACGACAUUUACUCAAUAGAAGAACGACGCUGCGAAUCCUUGUACCAAUCUACAGUAUCUAGGAACUCCGAAGGUCGAUAUAUUGUUAGAUACCCUCGUAAGCCUGAUUUUGAUGUGAUGCUUGGCGAAUCCAGAAGCAGUGCACAGCGACGGUUCGGAUAUCUGGAAAGACGACUGGAACGAGACUCGAAAUUGAAGGACGAAUAUCAUCAGUUCAUGCGAGAGUAUCUCUCCCUCGGCCACAUGCGGCUGGUCGAAGCGGACGACGAACGCAACUCUCCCACCUACUAUCUACCUCACCAUCCCGUAAUUAAGGAAGCAAGUACGACGACCAAGGUCCGGGUCGUGUUUGAUGGCUCUGCGAAAACUUCUUCCGGCUUCUCCCUCAAUGAAGCUCUUUGCGUUGGUCCCGUGGUGCAGGACGAUCUGCUGAACAUUAUCUUGCGGUUUCGAACCUUUCCCGUUGCUCUCGUCGGAGAUAUUGCCAAAAUGUACAGGCAGGUACAGGUCCACUCUGACGACACACCGUUACAACGCAUUCUGUGGCGAUUCUCCCAACAUUCUCCAGUACAGACGUACGAACUACUGACCGUUACUUACGGCUUAGGUCCAUCAUCGUUCUUAGCGACACGAACUCUCCAGCAACUAGCGGUGGAUGAAGGUGAUGCGUAUCCGGUAGGCGGCCCAGCACUGAAAAAGAGCUUCUACGUCGACGAUUUCAUCGGUGGAGCUGAAACUAUUGAAGAAGCUAUCCGUUUGCGAGCAGAGCUGAGCGAACUUCUGCAGAAGGGAGGAUUCGAGCUCAGAAAAUGGACGUCAAACUGUCUCGAAGUCCUCCAAGGUCUCUCCGACGAUCAGAUCGGCACGCAAUCCGCGUUGCACUUUAGUCCCCACGAAACCAUCAAAGCACUUGGAAUUAGCUGGGAGCCUGAAGCAGAUUACCUCCGUUUUCAUUCGCAGAUUCGAACAAGCAGUGAACCUCCAACGAAGCGGUCUAUCCUCUCCGACAUCGCCAAGUUAUUUGACCCUCUUGGACUCAUUGCCCCCGUCGUCGUACGUGCGAAAAUCCUGAUGCAGGAAUUGUGGUUGUUGUCCUGUGAUUGGGAUGAUCCUGUUCCAGAACCGAUCAAAUCGAGAUGGGAAAUCUACCACCAAGAGCUGGUGAAAAUAUCUGAGCACCAUGUCAACAGAUAUGCAUUUCUUCCGAGUUCCGUUAUACAGCUGCACACUUUCGCGGAUGCUUCCCAGGCAGCAUAUGGAGCUUGUACGUACGCCCGAUGUGAAGACGACCAAGGAAAGGUGAGGAUUCAACUGCUAGCGUCGAAAUCCCGAGUAGCCCCGCUGAAACGAAUCACCAUCGCCCGUUUGGAAUUAUGCGCAGCCGUGCUAGCCGCUCAUCUACACGCGCGAAUCAAAAAGGCCAUCGACGUCAACGUUUCUGCAUCGUACUUUUGGUCAGAUUCCGCCGUCACUCUACAGUGGUUACGAUCACCUCCGAACGUCUGGCCAACCUUCGUCGCAAACAGAGUCUCGGAAAUACAGCAGUACACGAACGGAUGUCAGUGGAAACACGUUCCCGGAGCUGAAAAUCCUGCCGACCUGGUCUCGCGCGGCAUGUCAGUCGACGAAUUUCUACAAAGCAACUUGUGGAGCUGUGCCCCAGGCUGGUUGUCACUGUCACCACAAGAUUGGCCAAUCUUCAUUCCCCCAGGCGUGCCAGCAGAAGAGCUGGAGUUAAAAACUACGGUUGCACUCACCCAAGCAGUUCCUACCGUUCAUCCCUGGUUUCUCCGUUGGUCUUCCUACAGCCGAUUACUCCACGUCAUCGGAUAUUGUAUGCGAUUUGUCACCAACACCCGUUCAAAAGCACGAACCCAACCUUCGCCAUCCCCCAUUCCGGUCGACCAAUCACUUACCGUGGCAGAACUAGCCAAUGCCAAAACGUUUCUCGUCCGACUCGCCCAGCAGGAUGGUUACGCCGCAGAAAUAAAGCAGCUGGAGAAGGAAAACACCGUGCCGAAGCAGUCCCACAUUCGCCGAAUGAGCCCAUUUUUCGACCCAGAGAGAGUGUUGAGAGUGGGAGGUCGUUUAAAUCUUGCCCAGUUACCUUAUCAAGCAAAGCACCCUGCGCUUAUUCCCACCAACCAUCCGUUCACUCGACUAAUCGCUGAAUAUUUUCAUCGCAAACUGCUGCACGGCGGCGGGCGCCUGCUGCUCACUACGAUUCGCGAAGAAUUCUGGCCACCCCGCGGCCGUAGACUGGUUCAAAGUGUAGUACGAAAUUGCUUUCGUUGUACUCGCCUCAAUCCAAUACUUGCCCAACAACAAAUCGGUCAGUUACCUGCCCAGCGUGUGAUCCCAAGUCGUCCAUUCAGCAUCACCGGUGUUGACUAUGCUGGCCCACUCUACCUUCGUCCAAUACACAAACGUGCCGCACCUGCAAAGACUUACCUGUGCCUCUUUGUAUGCUUUUCAACCAAAGCAGUGCAUUUGGAAUUAGUCAGUGAUUUGUCCACUCAAGCAUUUUUGUGUGCCCUGCGACGAUUUAUCGCUCGUCGUGGACGGCCCACGCACAUCCACUCAGACAACGGGAAAAAUUUCGAGGGGGCAAAAAAUGAACUGGCUGAACUGUUUGCCAGAUUUCAUAACCGUGCUGAACAGGCUGAAAUUGCUUCUGUGUGUGCCGAGGAAGGGAUCACAUGGCAUUUGACACCACCCAAGGCACCUCACUUUGGCGGCCUGUGGGAGGCAGCAAUCAAAAUAGCCAAAAAACAUUUGUACCGACAGCUCGGUUCAUCUCGCCUUACGUUCGAGGCUAUGUGUACCGUACUAACACAAAUCGAAGCGAUCAUGAAUAGCCGACCAUUGCUUCCACUUUCGGAGGACCCCAACGACCUAGCUGUAUUAACACCAGCGCACUUUCUCGUCGGUUCAUCACUGCGUGCCCUGCCCGACCCAGACUUAAUGAACGUACCUGCCAACAGACUCGACCACUAUCAACAGCUGCAACUGCAUGUGCAGCGAUUUUGGUCGCACUGGAAAAAGGAAUAUCUACAAGAGCUGCUGAAAGACACCCGUGGCUGGAAGCGAAACAACGAAAUAGUUCCGGGGAGAAUGGUCAUCGUAGUCGACGAAAUGCAGCCACCAAUUCGAUGGCCCCUUGCUCGCAUCUAA